GCUGAUCUGGGGUUGAUUAGCUUUGUCUGUUGUAGCUGAACUAGCAUGGAGGAAGCAUAUUUAGAUGGACUAUGCUAACAAGUAACUGAACCACUGUCUUGUUUUAGGUGCUUUAUAUCGUCGUGAAUCUACCUCUUCUGUGUCCGCCUGGAGUCAUGCUGCCGCUGAAGGAGAAGGAUAAACCCAUCGUCCAGAAGCUGCUGUCGGCCGGCUGCUGCGCUCGCUGCGUCCUCAGGUUCUGCUGUGUGAGCGUCCAGGCUGCCUACAGAAAACCCCAACAGGAUACACUCAAGGAACUUCAAGCUUUCAUCAGCAACACAGAGAACAGCAAAUCCCAAGAAUCAGCAGCUGCACAGUCCACAGAAGAAAACAACAAAUCCCAUGAUGCAGCAGUAUCAGAAGCACCUGAAGACCCACCGAGUAAAAGAGCGAAACUGGAUCCCAGUGGGACCGGCGCCCUGUCAGAGGAAGACGCUGCAGUCAAACUGAAGGAUGAAGAGUCGAGAGUGUGUGUGGUCUGUUUGGGGAUCCUACAGGAACUCUGUGGCACGACUCAUGCCGUAAAGAUAGCGGAGACAGUGAAGGCAGGAAAGUACGAGUUUGACACCCUGGUGCUGUCUGUGUCUCUGCCUGCUCAGCUGUGUGUCCGCGAGCACUCCUGUUGGCUUCAUGUGAAGAAGGAAAUGAGAGAGAAGAGUAUGGCAGUCGACAAGGACGACCUCAUCCAGGUGAAGGAGGCCUUCAAGUGGGUCAUCCAGGGCCUGGUCGCCAAGGAGCUGGGGGGCGUUGCCGUGGUUACCCGGAGUUUGUUCGAGGUCAGCGUGGGGUUCACUCACCCAGAGACGGACGCUGACUGCCACUUCCUAGCAACAACAUGUGCUGACUGCUUCAGACCCACCAAGAACAAACAGUCGGUGUUCACCAGGAUGGCCGUGGUCAAAGCUCUGGAAAAGAUAUCUGACGCCAUAUUCCUAAAACAUUACGCUUGUCCACCAGCGCAGCCGACCAGCAGUUGCAGCCCUCAGGACGUCCAGUGUCUCCACAUGUCUGUCUUUAUCGCAGGGAGGUACAACAAGUUCUCCCGCAGUCUGCCUCAGACUCCCUGGGUGAUCGAUGGAGAGAGGAGGAUGGAGUCGUCGGUGGAGGAGCUGAUUGCAGCGCACGUCCUGUCGUCCUUCAUAGCCGACGGAUUUAAUUUCUCCUCGUCUGGCAGGGAGGAUGUGGAUGUCCGGACUCUUGGAAACGGUCGUCCGUUUGCGAUGGAGCUGCUGAAUCCUCACAGAUCCAGAUUGAGCAAAGUGGAGAUGAAGCAGCUGCAGGAGACCAUCAACAAGUCUUCAGACAAAAUCAGGGUGAGAGACCUGCAGAUUGUGUCCAGGGAGGCUAUGAGUCGAAUGAAGGAGGGAGAGGAGGAGAAAACCAAGUCAUACACAGCGCUCAUCUGGACCCAGAAACCCAUUAAGAGUGAAGACAUCGCCUUCAUCGAUGACAUCAAGGAUCUAACGCUGGACCAGAAGACCCCUCUGAGGGUUUUGCACCGACGGGCGCUGGCCGUCCGUCAGCGAGUCGUCCACAGUAUGAACACCCGCUUCCUGGACUCUCAUCACUUCUACCUGGGGCUGAAAACACAGGCCGGGACUUACAUCAAAGAGUUCGUCCACGGAGACUUUGGUCGCACUAAACCCAACCUGUGUAUCCUGCUGAAGAGCGAUACGGACAUCCUGGAGCUCGACGUGGAGUCUGUGGACGUGGACUGGCCUCCGUCCAUCCCAGAGUGAACGCUGCCUCGCCUCACUGCCGCCGGCCUCGUCCUGUUUCUGAGCAGUGAGACCGAACCGGUUCUGUCAGCAGCAGGUGUGGAUCCUGUUUGGGAGCGCGACACCAAACCAUGGACCCGGUUCAGAGCGUCUGAGACUGAAAACAUGACGGUGUGGAGGAAACCUCCAGUCACACAGUCCUGCUGGCUGCUUUGUGAAGCCUGGUCUGUUAAUGUUUUGGUCCUCGCUGAUCAAAACUUAGGUGACUGUAUCUUCAUUUGUAUCACAGAGAAAAUGUUCAGUAACACUUUCUAGUGGUCUAUUUCUGUUAGUUAUAUCUGUAACAAGUUAUUCUAUAGCCAUGAUAGCAGCCUUGUAAACCUGCAUUACUCAUUACAUGCCAGAUUUUAUUUGAGUUUUGAUCGUACGGCGUCGUCUCCAGUUUGUCCUGAUGGAGGCACCAGAGGGAAGGUCAUAAAUCAAAGGGGUUUCUUCUCUGUACGGUGGUCUUAUUAGAAUAGCUCAGACUCAGCUUCAGCUGAGUUUAAUUUCGCUUCUUUUGAGAUCAGCCAAUUAGACUGUUAUCUGGUGGUUAUCAGCCUCAUAGAUGUGGGUCAGAAGGGCCCUGCUACACCCAAUAUUAGGUUUUAUCAUCUAUUCACAUGGACCAGUGGUUCCUGUUUUCCUUGAAGCCCCCCCGACGUCAUCACCCUAAAAAAAAUUACAAAUCCUUGAACUGAAUCUUCAGUUUGAAUAAAUUGAUUCAGUUUAUUAAA